UCCUUCGUUGGGCGCCGUUCGUCAGUUACACAUUGGCCUACACGAUGGGUCAGAGGCUCGCUCUAGAUCCUGCUCCUACCGCUCGGCGCAGAUGGAUGCCUACCAACCCCACGAUGCCACGGCUUGUCAGCCUUCCUGCCUGGCGCAUUAUGGCCGGGAUAGAACUAUAAAAGAAGAGCUCAUUCUCGACAAUAGGAGCCUUCCAUGCCAAUUGAUUGCAACUUUCCUUCAGCGUUAAUUUCCAUUUUUCUCUAAUAGAGCUGCCGGAUAAUUGCAUAUUGUUGUUAUUUGCCGCUAAAGAUCAUUUAUUUUCAAGUAUAUCAAUACCCUACGGUUACGAAACCCUCAUCAUGGCUUCAAGCGCCUUUCUCAGCAACACCAUCAACAACACUCCAAUCAUGAACGCAACAUCUUCCUCACAGUAUAUGAAUCCUUCCGACAGCGCGAUGCUGGAUAUGUUCAUUCCGGGGUACUCCUUCAUAUCCCGGUUUCUAAUAUCAUAUUUACACAUUGACCUCUCCCAAUAUAUUCCCAUGAUUUUGACGGCUGUGGCUUUUGUUGCUUCACUGCGAUAUGUGUUCUUCCGCUCACAUGAGCUGCUUACCAACUAUUGUGUCUCAACUGCUGAGAUCCGCCUCGAGGAUGAAGUGUACAACUACCUGAUGUUCUGGAUGGCACAACACCCUUCUACGAAAAAGUCCACUCAAUUCGUAGCCAGCACCAAGAUCUCCAGCGGCGCACGAUACUACGACUCUGACGACGAGGGUGACGGGGAUGACGAAGAUGAAUACGACGAGAACGGCAAUGUCGUCUCCGACUUUGACGACUACUGGGCCAAGACCGUCGCACGAGACAAGUUCAAGCGCCUCCGCUUUACCCCAGCCGAAGGAAGCCAUUACUUCUGGUUCCGUGGUCGCCUUCUUACCUUCACUCGUGCGAAAGAGGAAAACAACAACACCAUCUCCUACAUGCGAUACGUGCCUGAGCGACUAUUCAUCUCAUGUUUCGGUCGUAACCCCGCUAUCCUGAAGGAACUCCUGGCCGAAGCCCAAAGGGCAUGGGUAGCCAGAGACGGAAACAGCACAGUUAUUUACCGCGGCCAGAAGAAUGGCGGAUACACUGACUGGGUACGCUGCAUGGCACGCCACCCCAGGCCUCUCUCCACUGUCGUGCUAGACCAGGACCAGAAGCAGUCUUUCAUCAAAGACAUCAAGGAAUACCUCCACCCCCGCACGAGGAGAUGGUACUCCAACAGAGGUAUCCCCUACCGUCGGGGGUACCUCCUCCACGGCCCUCCCGGAACCGGAAAGACCAGUCUCUGCUUUGCAGCAUCAGGACUUCUAGGCCUCCCUCUAUACCUGCUGAACCUGAGCUCCAAGAGCUUGGACGAAGACGACUUGAUGUCUCUGUUCCAAGACCUCCCUCGCCGCUGCAUCGUCCUCCUGGAAGAUAUCGACUGCGCUGGAAUGACCUCCAAGCGUGCGGCCAACAGCACCCAAGACGACAAGAACAAGAGCGACCCCAACAACGCCAAUGCCAACCCUGCCGCUACGCCCAACGCUGCUGCCAACACACCCGCUGGCUCGUCCACAGACAAGAAGCCCUCCGAGGAGACCCCCGAUAACAAGGGGAUCACCCUCUCCGGCCUACUGAACGUAAUUGAUGGCGUCGCCGCAAGCGAAGGCCGCAUCCUCAUCAUGACUACGAACCAUCCAGAGAAGCUUGAUGCUGCGCUCCUCCGUCCCGGCCGCGUGGACAUGACCAUCAAGUUUGGGUAUGCUCACUCCCAAGACAUCCGGGAAUUGUUCUCGUCCAUUUAUUCCACGCUUGAGGGUGAUUUGCGCUCUGUUUCUCCGAACAGGAGGAAGAACGCUAUUACCAGCCACGACGGUAAAGGCAAUGGAGUUAAGAAGACGAAUAUUGGUGAUGGAAUGGAAGACAGGCCUCCUGUAUCGGACAAGAUUGUCCGGUUGGCGAAGGAAUUCGCAGCUGGUAUUCCGGCUGGGGAGUUCACUGCUGCGGAGGUGCAAGGGUAUCUGUUGAAUUAUAAGGAUGAUCCGGAGGCUGCGAUUGCUGGGAUUGGGGGGUGGUUGGAGCGGACGGAGAAGACAAGGAAGGAGAGGAAGGAGAAGGCUGAGGAGGGGAAGGUAUAGAUUUCUUAUGUUCCCUCUGUGGUUUUGUCCAGAUUUGAGGGUUAUGAUGAUGAUUAUAGAUAGUAGAGAUACCCUACUCUUAAUGAAAGCUCUAUACUAAUGUGAGUGAUAUGCAUGGAUCCGGUAGAGUCUACAUAGACAUCUGGGAUUGUAAUAUCCAAGUUCAAGCCCCCAACGGACGUCUCAUCUUCUGCACAAUCUCCAGGUACUGAGUAUACUAGUUAAAUAGACAUAUCCGCCAUCGGAACGACAGUUAUUGCCGUUCGCAAGAUCGCGACCCCAAACCCC